CUCCAAACAAAACCAACUCUGAGCUGCUCCAGCCAGGAAUCAGAGGAACUGAGAGAGAGACAGAGAAAGACAGAUUUUGAGUUAGUGAGUCAGGGUACAGAUAGGGAACUAGGGCAGAGAAAGACAGAAAAAAACAGUGAUAUAUGUAGACAGGCACUUGGAGAGUGGGGUCAAGUUUGAGCAAGACUUCCUAACCCAUACGUGGAAGAGCUGCUGUGUAGUGUGGUCCAAGAAACAUCGGCGCAGUACCUGGUCCUCCUGUUAGCGCAUCCCUGUUGUGACUUGAGGCUGCUGUCUCUGGGAGUCCCUGGUAAGGGAUCAUUCCCUCUUUCCUCCAAAGCUCCGGUCCUGGGAUUGAAAUAGGGGCUGGAACUCUGCACCACAGCAGUCAUGGGACCCAGGAUAGGACCAGUGGGGGAGGAGCCCCAGAUGACAGACAAGGACACCAAGGCCACGAUGGGCACAGAAGACACACCUGGAGACGUGGCCAGCCGAGAAUCUCAGGACUCGAAGCCAAGCGUGUUCCACAACAUCAAGUUCUUCGUCCUGUGCCACAGUCUGCUGCAGCUGGCCCAGCUCAUGAUCUCCGGCUACCUGAAGAGCUCCAUUUCAACGGUGGAGAAACGCUUUGGCCUCUCCAGCCAGACCUCGGGGCUGCUGGCUGCCUUCAAUGAGGUGGGGAACACAGCCCUGAUUGUGUUUGUGAGCUAUUUUGGCAGCAGGGUACACCGGCCCCGACUGAUCGGCUAUGGGGCUAUUCUGGUGGCCCUGGCAGGCCUGCUCAUGGCCCUUCCACACUUCAUCUCUGAGCCGUACCGCUACGACAGCACCAGCCCCGUGGACAUGCGGCAAGACUUCGAGGCCUCCCUGUGCCAGCCUGCAACCUCGGUCCCGGUCCCCUCCAAUGGCAGCAGCUGUUCAGGCCACACGGAGGCCAAGCAUCUGGCUUUGGUGGCAAUCAUGUUCACGGCACAGACCCUGCUUGGGGUGGGCAGCGUGCCCAUCCAGCCCUUUGGCAUCUCCUAUAUCGACGACUUUGCCCACAACAGCAACUCGCCCCUGUACCUCGGGAUCCUGUUUGCUGUGACGAUGAUGGGGCCAGGCAUAGCCUAUGGGCUGGGUGGCCUCAUGCUGAGACUUUAUGUGGACAUUAACCGAAUGCCAGAAGGUGGUAUCAACCUGACCUCGAAGGACCCCCGAUGGGUGGGUGCCUGGUGGCUGGGCUUUCUCAUCUCCGCUGGCGUGGUGGCCCUGGCUGCCACCCCCUACUUCUUCUUCCCCAGAGAGAUGCCCAAGGAGAGACAUGAGCUUCUCUUCCGGCGAAGGGUCUUUGCAGUUAUCAGCAAAGGUGAAGAUUCCUCCUCCAAGCAGAGCCCUGAGCAGUCCCGGAAGAAGCGCAAUGGCCUAGCCCAGAUCGCAUCAGACCUGACUGUGGUCCAGUUCAUCAAAGUCUUUCCCGGCGUGCUGCUGCGCACCCUGCGGCACCCCAUCUUCCUGCUGGUGGUCCUGUCCCAGGUGUGCUUGUCGUCCAUGGCAGCGGGCAUGGCCACCUUCCUGCCCAAGUUCCUGGAGCGCCAGUUUUCCGUCACAGCAUCCUACGCCAAUGUCCUCAUUGGCUGCUUCUCCUUCCCCUCGGCUAUCGUGGGCUUGGUAGUGGGAGGCAUCCUGGUCAAGCGCCUCCACCUGGGCCCCGUGCACUGCAGUGUCCUUUGCCUGCUGGGAGCGCUGUCCUGCCUACUUGUCAGCCUGCCCCUCUUCUUCAUGGGCUGCUCUACUCACCACAUCGCAGGCAUCAUCCACCAGCCUGGCAGUGCCCAGCUGGGGCUGGAGCUCUUUCCAGGCUGCAUGGAGUCCUGCUCCUGCCCAACAGACGACUUUAACCCUGUCUGCGACACCAGCACCCGUGUGGAGUUCCUCACGCCCUGCCAUGCAGGCUGCGCCAAGCAGGUGGUCCAGGAGGCUCCGGACAAAAGCCAGGUUCUCUACACCAACUGCAGCUGCGUGGUGGGGGACGGCACUGUGUCCGCGGGCUCCUGCGACUCAGCCUGCAGCCACCUGGUGCUGCCCUUCAUGCUCCUGAUCGGCCUGAGCGCAGCCCUGGCCUGCAUCACCCACACACCCUCCUUCAUGCUCAUCCUGAGGGGAGUGAAGAAAGAAGACAAGACUUUGGCCGUGGGAAUCCAGUUCAUGCUCCUGAGAGUUUUGGCCUGGAUGCCCAGCCCUGUGAUCCACGGCAGCGCCAUCGACACCACCUGCCUGCACUGGGCCUGGAGCUGUGGGCGUCGGGCCGUCUGCCGCUACUAUGACCAUGACCUGCUCCGAAACCGGUUCAUUGGACUCCAGUUCUUCUUCAAGACGAGCGCCCUGGUUUGCUUCGCCUUGAUUUUGGCUAUUCUAAGGCAGCAGAACAAAGAAGAGGGGACCAAGGUGGUGGCAUGCCCUGACCCACCACAGCAAUUGUUAGUGCCAGGACCAGAGAAGAAGCUUGAAGAAUUCAGAGUGUGAGCUGUCCCGGGGCCCCACCCUGGCCAAGAGAGGCAGCCACAGCAAGUACCUCCUCUGGGCCCUUGGCCUUGAGAUUGACUGUCAGGAGCCUUGUUUUUUAAUUCUGACUCCUCCACUAACUUGCUGUGUGACUUCAGGCAAGUUGCUGACCCUCUCUGGGUCUCUGUUUGAUCAUCUGUACCAAGGAGUUACUUGGGGCUUUGCUGUGUUGACCACUUCUGAAGCAAGAGGGUCUCCUCUCCUGACCUGAAACCAGACCUUCCUGGGCAGAGGGACUGCGUAUCUUUCCUCCUGGGGCUUAGGGUAGCAAAGUGGACACCAGUAAGCCAGGCUGCCCUGCAUACCAGAUCCCAGCCCUGCUCUGCCGCUUGCCUGGAGCAUCCUCUCUGAGCCUCAGCCACCGCCCCUGCCAGGUGGACAUGGACUUAACCAGCUUUCAGGCCCCUUCCAGCUGUGGCCAUCUGUGCAGUCAGGAAGCACUAGUGUCUCCUCCCCAGCCCCACUCAGCCUGAACCGUGGGAUGACAGCCUUUGUCAAGAAGUGUCCAUUUGGCGCCCCCUGGAGGCAGAGACCUGAGCUCUGAGGGUAGAUUCACUGGGGAUAAAGGUGGCCUCACAUUCAGGACAUCCAGGUGGGGUGGGCCCUGUAGGAAAUAUUGUGUGAGGGCCCCUCCCGGUCUCAGCUCAGUGGGGAGACUCACUCUCCGGACUCAGGAAGUCUCAAACCUUGCCCUCAGGGAGCCACAGUAUGGGUGAGGGACUCUGGUGGAGAGGGGGACCCAGGCCCCUCACUUGGGCAUUUUCUGACUUCAAAGACCAAAUUUACCCUGUACACACUCACUUGUACUCUACGCAUUGCCAAGACUUCACACAUUUGACCGUGACCCCCACCUAAGUCACUAUGACUUUUGUAACCAGAAUCCUAAUUUCACCAUUUCCUCCUGGGUGCUUCAAUCUGGGUCACCUGGGGCUACGUAGCUAGCAUCUGGUUCUGUGAUACCCAAGUUUUGGGGGUCACAUCUUCUCUGUGAUACCUGGGUUGGUAUAAGAACCUGCUCUUUGUCCUGCCAGGGCUGGUAAUGCUGGGAGCAGUCACGCCCAGCUCUGUUGCAUGGGUCAGUCUGUGGAAUGUUUGGGUCUGAGCAAGGUGGGCCUGUGCCUAUCAGGCCCCCUCUGACUUUGCGGCCAGGCCUGGUAUCUCCCUGAUCUGCUCCCGGCCAGUCCGUUGCCUUCAGCUCUCUGACCUGGCCGGGACCUGCUGCUCCACCGGCAGGAGGCAGGGAGCCAUCAGCAGCCGCUUCCCAAGCCCUGUGUCCAGCCAUGUGCUGACAGCCGGGGGAGGCUGAGGGCACAGGGGGCGCAAGUGGCUGGACCCCCCAAGUACUCCCAGCAUCAGGCCUUGAGGCCAUCUCGCAUGAGAGAGGAGGGAAGUGCAGACGUUCUAAUUCCCACUUUACUCUACUAUUCCUGAUACCUUUCAAUGUUCAACAAACAUCUGAGCCCGUAUUUGUCAAUGCCAAGAAUUUCAAAUCCUCAACAAGAUGAAGGACUUUGUAUGUGUAUAUUUCUUCUCCUUCCCUGUUUCCCUGGUUUGGCAGAAAUAAACUGGAAUUAUAGAUA